AUGAGACUAUUGGAACGCAGUACGCGAAGAGUGAGUAUUUGUUAAAUCCAAUCGAAAAGUAGUCGGGAUGCUCGUUUAGAGUGUGAAAAUACCGGACAAUUUGACGAAUGUGAACCAAUUGGCGUGUCUGGUCAGACAGUUUCUGGCAGAACAACAGGAGCUAGCAAUUAAAGUGGAAAGAAUGCAGGAGACUCAGAGGACGUUCAACAAUUUGAUCAAAGAAAGGCUAGAUGUAAAUACCUGCCUCGAAGUUCGAUUCAAUUGUGCUCUUUACAGAAAUGCAAAUGCGACAUGGAACUCAGCGUCAAGAGUAUGCUUUCGAAGGAGAUCAAUUUGAGCGACUUGAAAAGGGAAGACGGAUCGGUGAGUUGCUUCCCUCUUUCUUUAUUUUCGAUCGAUAAAGGGUUGGCAGGAAUUCUCUCUGAAGAUCCCUUCCACCUCCAACUUCUCUGCGUAUUUCGAACCGAUUCUGGCUUUGGAAGAACCACAGCACCCGAAGAUUGACAUGGAAUUGUUCAAAAUGAUUGAAAGUGUGAGCACUCCGUUCCAAGAGGUGCAUACUCCGGAAGAGAACGGAGCCGCCCGUUUCCCGAAACCGGAGGUCUUCGAUCCGCAGUUCUUCGAAUCGCCCGAAAGAAGAAAAGCGUCGUUCAAAACGGCGAGAAAACGGCAGAAUCAGAACGACGCACAGAACGGACCGUAUCAGUGCAGGGACUGCGACAAGACUUUCCGGCAGAAACACGGACUCUCUCAACAUCUUCUGACGCACGAAUCCCACGGAGCCUUCGAAUGUGACGGAUGUGGGAAAAGGUAUUCGAGGCAGGAGAGUGUCUAUCGGCACCAGAGGGUAUGUCAUCAGAAUUCUCCCGAAGCCAAUCGGAAAGUUUUCAGAGCACUCAAUGCACGAAAUAUCAGACACUGACGAAUGUGCGGCAUGAAGAGCACGGAGGUUCCUCCCUGGACUCUGAUCACAAAGGCUUAGAAUCAAUGGCUCCACGUGCCUUUCUUCUCUGA